UUCGUCUGGCCGGGGGGUUCGGGUCUCCGUAAACUUCUGGCGCCCGCGGCGCGGGGCGCGGGGCGUGCCCACUGCGCGUGCGCGCGCCGGAUCUCAGGCCCCUCGCCCCCUCCCCCUGUGGCGGGACGUGAUACGGCAGGGGCGGCGGUUGGCGUCUUCCGCGGCCCAAGCCCAGGGCGGGCUUUUCAAAUCUUGCUUUUGGGGGGUAGCGGCAGCCAGGGCAGUGGUGCUGGAGAUGGAGGGGCAGACCUUGAGGGGAUCCGAGCUCCGCCCCGGGGGGCUGAGCGCCCAGCAGGACAACGGCAUUCAAGAAAAAAUAAAUUUAGAAAUUCGAAUACGAGAAGGAAUAUGGAAACUCCUUUCUCUGAGCACUCAGAAAGACCAGGUUUUACAUGCGGUUAAGAAUCUCAUGGUGUGCAACACUCGAAUAAUGGCUUACACAUUGGAGCUGCAGAAAAUAGAAGAGCAGACUGCAGAUCAAACCAGAAGAUGUGAUGUGGAUUUUGAACAUAAAGCUCGAACAGCAUGUAAAGGAAAGAUUGCCAUAUCAGAUAUUCGUAUACCACUAAUGUGGAAAGACUCUGAUCACUUCAGCAAUAAAGAACGAUCACAGCGCUAUGCCAUUUUUUGUUUAUUCAAAAUGGGAGCUGAAGUUUUUGAUUCUGACAUGGUGAUUGUAGAUAAAACAAUCACAGAUAUAUGUUUUGAAAAUGUAACUGUGUUUAAUGAAGCAGGGCCAGACUUUCAGAUAAAGGUGGAAGUAUAUAGUUGCUGUACAGAAGAAUCUACUAUAACAAACACACCAAAAAAACUAGCUAAGAAACUGAAGACAUCUAUAAGUAAAGCUACAGGGAAGAAAAUAAAUUCAGUGCUUCAAGAAGAUCAUGAAACUUGUUUGUCCUUCAGUUCUAUUUCUUGUGCAAAGUACAGUUUGCUAGCUCAUACUACCCUGAGCUUGGAAAGUGCAGAGGAUAGCUUCAAGACCCAUAAUCUGUCUAUUAAUGGAAAUGAAGAGUCUUCAUUUUGGCUUCCCUUAUAUGGUAACAUGUGCUGCCGAUUAGUCGCCCAACCAGCUUGUAUGGCUGAAGAUGCAUUUGCAGGAUUUCUUAAUCAGCAGCAAAUGGUAGAAGGUAUGAUUACUUGGAGAAGAUUAUAUUGUGUUUUAAGAGGGGGUAAACUCUAUUGUUUUUACACUCCAGAAGAAAUUGAAGCUAAAGUGGAACCAACUUUGAUAGUGUCCAUUAACAAGGAAACCAGAAUUCGAGCAAUGGAUAAGGAGAAAAAGAAAAGAAUCCAUAUUUUCUCUGUCAUCAACCCUGUUGCUGGACAGGCUAUAACUCAUAUAUUUGCAGCUGACAAUAGAGAAGAUCUAAAUAAGUGGUUGGAAGCCUUCUGGCAGCAUUUCUUUGAUCUUAGCCAAUGGAAGCAUUGUUGUGAAGAACUUAUGAAAAUUGAGAUUAUGUCACCACGGAAACCACCUUUGUUCUUGACAAAAGAGGCAACCUCAGUCUACCAUGAUAUGAGCAUUGAUUCACCUUUAAAAAUUGAAAGUUUAACUGAUAUAAUACAGAAAAAAAUUGAAGAGACAAAUGGAGAAUUCCUUAUUGGUCAGCAUGAGGAAUUCUCCCCGCCUCCUUGGGCCACCCUCUUUGAUGGUAAUCACCAAGUUGUCAUCCAGAAAAAGGUAUUUCCUUCUGCAAACAAGCAGUUACAUGAUGGGAAAGGGAAAAAGAGACGAGCUCCCCUUCCUCCUUCUGAUAAAGCUCCAUUCAGCUUAAAGACACAGAGCAAUACAGAUCAAUUGGUUAAGGACAACUGGGAAAAAAUGACUAUAUCUCAGACUGCGCCUUUGGAUACCAAAUUAUCAACCCUAAUGCAUCAUUUGCAGAAACCAAUGGCUGCUCCUCGAAAACUUCUUCCUGCCAGGAAAAAUAGUUUAACUGAUGGUGAACACACAGACACUAAAACCAGAUUUGAAGCCAAGCCAGUGCCAGCUCCAAGGCAGAAAUCUAUCAAAGACAUUUUGGACCCCAGAUCAUGGUUGCAGGCACAAGUAUAGAAAACCCCUAAUGUAUAAAACAUUUAACAAUCUAUAAUCGUGAGGCUUAAUUCAGAAGCACUAUAGAUGUAGUAAUAUGUAAUUAUGUAGGUAAAUAUGACAGUGAUUUACAUUAGUAAUUAAUAAGCUGUUAGGUGUAAAAAAUGUUUUAUAAUGAAGAGAUGGAUUUCUCUUUUACUUAUGAUUUUCAGAAUAUAAGUGAUUUCUCCAUCAGAGUGUAUGAGGCAGUUUCUAGACAAUAUCCCAAUUGUUGGAAGGGUUAAUUUAUUCCUAAAUUAGUACCAGGCAGUGAACAAGCACUAGGUAAAAGAAAGCAUUAAAAUUUCUUUGGAGAGAGACUGUCUAGUAAUUUAAAAUGUGUUAAAUAAGAGCCAUAUUCUCAUUGUGAGAAUUUUAAUACUAAUGGAAUGUUUCAAAGUUUUAUUCAAACCACAAAUUACAGAAUCCACCCAAGAAUAUUUCUUCUUAGCAUUCUGGAAUUCUCAUCUAAUGGUCCACUGGCUCUCAUCUAUUGUUUAACCCACUGGUUAACUCACUGACCUUUCAAAUUCCUGGGAUAAAUAUUGGAAUAUUAAAUUCUUCAUUUUUUAAGGGAAUUUUUAAUGUGCUAUUCAAAGUUGUUUCCUUGAUGAGCCCUGGAAUCCUGUUGACGUUAACUCUCAUAAGUAAAGCAAAACGUUUAUUAGUUUAGGGAACAGAUAGAUGAAAUAUUCUUUACUUCCACUUUUCUAUGCAUGAUACUAAUUUCCAUUGUGAUACUGGCAUUUGGGGAAGUGAGUAGUUGGUUAACACCUUAAAAUUCAUUUAAUACUUAUUUAAAAAGCAGAUGGCUGAUUCAAAAAUAUCAGAAAAGUUGGCAAUGAUAAUAAUUUUCAGAUUAAUCCUAAAAAUUUUUAAUUAGACUUCCUUUUUCUAGUAAGGGCUCAUGUCUGCUAUUGAUAUUCGUCAUUAAAAGUCAUAUUCUUACAAUAAUGACAUCGGAAUCAUUUCCAUAGGAGGUAAUUUCCAUAGCAACUAAUCAUAGUAACACAAACAGGAUUAUGAAAUCAAGUGAGAAAUAAAUAGCAAGAGGAUGAAUACCUUAAAGAAACAAAAAAAAAAUCCAUUUUUCAAAUUAAUAUGCUUCUUACAAACAAGAACUUGACCAUUUUAAAAAUCUAAUCAGAAUUUUCAAAUAAAAUAAAACAGUUUCCAUAAGGUGUCAGCAACAGCACUGAAAAUCUCAAAUCACAUGGAACCUAAAUGUCAUUUCAAGAAAUACAAAUAUAAGAAUUAAAUUACUGCCCCGUCUGUAAUCCCUAGAGAUCUUUUUAAAGCUUAAAAGAACUCUGUUUGGAUCAGAACUACAUUAUUACAAAGUAAAAUGAACACUUGAAAAAAUUACAAUUUAAAUGGAGCCUUUCAUUAUUUUUAGAUAGCAGAGUCUUUUUUCAUUUAUGUAGAAUGAUGUAACUGCCAGGUUACUUUUGUGUUUGCCCAGGACUCCUAGUAAGAAUUGAGACUCAAGGGAGUAAUGAUACAAAAGGUCUCUUGUGACUGGCGACACCAGGAUAGACAUAGCAUUUGAUGAGAAGGAAAUCCUAUAUGCUUGCCUGAUAGAAUUUAGAGACAAUCAAGUGUAUGAAAACCUAAAAAGGUAGGAUUAAUUUGUUUUUUUUCUAACUAGAAAAUUCUCGUAAAUCUCCACUGUGAUUGCCAAUUCAGAAAAUGAUGAAUUAAAAAUCUAAAGGAUAUUAUUGCAUGAAUUUUUAUUUUUUUUUAAAUCUCAUUGCUGUUUUUGACAGCAUUUGUGACUGUCAUUGCCACUAAAUUAUUGAGCUAGAAGAUGCUGCAGGCAAAAAUUUUUUUUGGAACUGGCAUCUAAGCAGCAUUCUUUAUUUUUUCCCUUUUUCUUUUUUUUUUUUUUUUUCAGUUAAAGCCUUUUGUACAACAAAGCAGUGUUAAAACUUCCAGAUUAUAUUCUUGUUGCUCUUCUCUUGCAUAUUAUAUCAAGAAAGAUUUAAGUUAUACAGAAAGGAGAAUUUGUUCUUAGAGAAGUCACCUAGCAGUUGUGUCCUCAGUGGGCACUCUGAAAUAAGGCUGAAGCCCUUCUUCCUAGAACCAUUAGGUGAAGCCUGACCAAGGACCACUCCCCCUCCACAUUAUUCAGGCUGUUGUUUCUGGGGGCCCAUCUUACUGUAUGCUACAUAGCCUUUGAAGUCAGGCUGAAGUCUUCAGCUGUACUUCCUUUGACACUGUGCUCAUAAAAUGUUAGUUCUCCCCACUCCACCACAGAAGGUAUAAUACGAAGUUGGGGCUCCUUCCCUCCCUCCCUUUCUUCCUUCCACAGUUUAAAAAAAAAAAAAAAUCUAAACUCUUUGUCAAAGAGUUUGUCAAAAGAAGUAUUUGUUUUCUUGUUUCCUAAACCAGAAGUUUAUGACAGAGAAAAAUAUGCCAUGUAAUAAAAGAACAUUUCAGCUUUUUAUGAGCUGGCUUUUCACAUUCCUUGUUUGUUCUUUUAAUUUGUUUCUUGAUAUAUGAAGACUAUAAAUUUGAAACAAAGAGUUAGCUGUCAGAUCUUGAUAAUAUUAUAAUUGGAGAUAUGUAAUAGAAUAGGUAUUUUAUGAGAUUAUAAGUCUGAUGAUCUGAUAAUAAUAUCUUAGAAAAUUACAUUUACAUCCCAAGCUCUGGGGUGUGAAUUACUUACAACAGCAUUAAGAUAGUAUUUUAUUAGCUACAAAGAAGGGAGGGCUUUAUAUUUUUAUUUUCUAAUUUUUUUUAGUAGUGAGCUUUUUAUUUAAACAUUUUACAAGGAAAAAGAAGGCAUUCUGUUAUAUAAAUGCAACCUCCUGAGGUAAACAGUCAAAAUAUCAGGCAUGCCAACCCUUGGUUAGUUCUGUUAAAUUCUGUCUGUCUGCAAUGCUCCCAACUUCUUUUAAAUGGAUAUGCAUAUAUGUGGAAAACUAAAUCCAUUUAUUAUAAAUGCCUUAUCUUUAUACCCUUUUGGUUUCUACUAAAUGUAUUUUACCUGGUACUGUUUAUUAAAAUAAAAGCUGCCUUGAUUUAGAGAUAAUACAUGUAAGGUAGGUUAAACAGUCAAGUAUUUCUUUAGGCUUAUGUUCAGGCACCUUAGCCACCCACUGAGAAGUUAAUUAAUUCAGUCUAAAAUGAAAUUAUAGGGCAGUUUGGUGUAGUUUCUGUUAAAUGCCAUUUAAAUGUAAUCACUUGUGUUAUCAUGAAUGAAGAACAACCAUAUUGGCUAGAGAUAGGAUGGUGCACCAUGAACAAGAGAAGUGCUUUGGCAGGAAAAAUAUCUGUCCCUGUGGGUAGAAUUUAUUGAAACUCAUUGUCUUUUUAAAGAGUAAAUUAUUGAACAGUAAUUAAACUUUAACUGAUGACUAUUUAUAUUCUCAUUA